UUUAUAUUUUCUUCACUUCUUUUUGUACAAAUCCGUUGGCUUAUCCGAGAGCGGGAAGUCGAGGGGCCGAGCUAUGGCGGAGGUGGAGGGGUGCGAUGCGAGCGCCGAGAAGGUUGCGCCGCAGCCUUCGGAGAAGGCUAGGGCAGAGGAGCCGGCGGUCGUCUGUGUCGAGCUACCGGCGCCUGCGGGAUGGACGAAGAAGUUCAUACUGAAUGAGGAUGCAAGUCCAAGAAAGAAUGAGAUUGUGUUCAUAUCGCCUACUGGUGAGGAGAUUAAGAAUAAGAGACAGUUACAGCAAUACUUGAAGUCACAUCCUGGAGGGCCCUCUUCAAGUGAAUUUGACUGGGGAACUGGUGACACUCCAAGGCGUUCUGCGAGAAUUAGGGAGAGAGUCAAGACGAUAGAUAGCUCAGAAGAUGAGAAGCCAAAAAAGCGAGAAAGGAAAUCAAGCUCAAAGAAAGCAACAAAAGACAAGAAGGAUAGUGGAGACGGAGUCGAUGGCACUUCAGAGGCAGAGGCAAAGGAAGAUGCUGCAAUGGAAGAGGCUAAAGCACCAACUGAUGUGGAAAUGCAGGAUGCUGAAGAUGAAAACAAGAUUAAUAGUGAGGCUUUAACGGCUGGGACUGAAGUGACUGAGGUUGUUGUUGCUGCUGAAGAGAUCACAGUGAAUGAGGAUACGCCCGUGGGAGUUGGGAGUGCAGAUGAGCAAAAUUUAACCCUGGGAGCCAACAGAAACAUUGAAGAGAAAACAGCAGCUAAUUCAGAGAACCAUGAUGCAGUAUCUGCAACUGAAGCCGAUAAGCCAGCUGAUGCGAAGGAAUCACCACUGCAGGAUUUGAAAGAUUUGUCAGCAGGUAAAGACAACCAAGGGGAUCUAGCAGCAAAUAGUAGUCAGGAGAAGGAUUCCAGUGCUGCUUCCCCCAAGGAUAUCCCUUCAGGGACGGGUGAUGCACAGCAUCUGCCCAAGGCUUCUCCUAUCAAAACUUAGUGUAGUGUCGACUAAACAAUGGUUUGUUGAUUCUAGGGUUUAGUGUGAUCUUCUAGACGUGUAUGCUUGUAAUGUAUGAACUUGUAACUAGAGCAACCGUAUGUAUGAAUUUUCUGUAUGUCCUUUAGGUAGAUUAUUAUCUAACCUAAAACCUAUUCCUGAUGUAAUAUUCUGUAGUCAUUAAGGAAUUCUAGUUUCAUCGA